GCUGGACAUUCAGAAGAGAAAAAGCUGGAAAUCCAUUGAAGACUUAUGAAAAACCUGCUGCUACAAUGGAAACCGCCAUCGUCCAGAUCUGUAGCAAUUUGAGCCAAGUCUAAUGGCAGGAGCAGGAAUUUCAUAACUACCAACAUUUUCCCCCCCGAGUAUUCAAAAACUUUCUGUGAAGCAUUUUUAUCUAAGAUCAAAAAAAAAAUCAAAUUGAUCUGUAGUUGACGAAAAAAUUGUACAUUCCAAAAUUUUUACCAGAUAUUGUAAACUAAAAGUAGUUUGAGUGAAAUUUCCAAGUUCAUGUAGAUCUAGCUGGUCUCUGGAAGAGAUAUUUUUUGAAAAAAAUUUAGAAUCAGUUUGGUUGCUUUAUAAUUGAAUUUUGAGUGUAAUGGACAGAGACUUAUGUUUCUUUUCCCUCUUCUCUCUGUACUUUCAGUCAUCGGCUAACAAAUGUCACAGUGAAGAAAGCGGGCACUUUACAGAUUCUGAAAUGCCUACUUGGAUAUCCAGCCACUGUCAUCAAUGUCAUGUUUACCUAUUUGCUCAGAUGUAGUGUCGUCUCUAUUUAGUACUAAUUUAAUAUUUAUUUGAAUGAAACUUAGAUACAGUCAAACCAGUUUUCAGUGGCCUUCCAAGGUAGCCAUGUAUAAAUUUAUAUGAUAUCGACGAUGUUUCCUUUAAAAAAAUGUUUUAAAAAGUUUAUCUUGUCUAGAUUUUAAGAACUAGAUGCAAUUUCGUCUUAGAAUCCACCCCUUAUGUGGUGUCCAUAUAAAGUGCAUGAUAAGUUAUAUUUUGAGUCUGUUUUGGUUAUAGAAACAAAAUCAGUAUGGUUACAAGGAGCUUUUGACAGACAUCAGCAUUCAUUAAAUCUUGCGGGUUAUAAUGAAAAACAUGUUAAAUGAUUAUGUACUGAGUAAGAGUUUAAUGCAAACCCAAUAAAAAAAGAGAGCAAAGGAAGAUUGUUAUUAGAUGAGUAGGAAAGGAAUUUGCUAAAUACAGAUAGAGAAUGUUUGGACAAAUUUUAAGGGAACAAUUUGUGUAAUUAUGAUUAUGUACAAUUGGGAGAGAUUGUUAAAAAAGUUACAGUAAUAUUGUUUUCACUGUAAAUGGCUAAAUAGAAAUAGGUCACUGAGGCAGGUUAAGCUGAUUAAUCAGAAAUGUCAACAGUAUUUUAAGUGUAGAAUUUUUCAGAAUUAGAUGCUAACCAAUGUAUUGUGGAUAUGGGGUAUAUAUGGUAGUGUUGAGUGAAUGUGCGAGUUGGUGUGCAUGAUUCUAUGUAACCUCUUUUGUUUGUAUUUGCAGAAUUCGGCAAGACAAGAAAGAAAAAAGAGUUUUUCUUAACAUGUAUCUUCAAAUGUAGGGGGAUGUCUAAAUAUUUAAACUCUACAGUAGUUUGAUUUUUACUGUCACAGUUUAUAUUUCAGAAGUCUGUAUAUGUUGGUUAUUUCAGGUGGCACGGUGCCACGGUCAUGUUAUGAUGUUAAGCACAAAGGAAAUCGGUACCAGUACUGUCGUGGACAUUCCAUGAGAAAAUUUCAACCAUGGCAUUGGAUUAUGCAUUUUUUGCAAACUUUCAUAUUUUUGUUUUGUGUCUUUGCAUAAAUAGAGUUACAUAAACAUGACUGUAUCAGGGUGUCAAGUCCCUAUUUAUUCCUAUAUUUUCCUACAAACUUAAAAGUUCCUAUAUUUUCCCUAUAAUAAGUCAUUAAAAUCCCUACAAAGUCCAAUAUAUCCCCCCAAAAAAUGACAGUCCUAUUUUCAAAAAUGAUAAUUUUAAAAAAGGGUGGGGGGGACCCAAAAAUCCAGGAGCUGAUGUCAGAUUGAUAUCUAAUGAUGAGAAUAACUAUGAUGAUUGUAUAAGAACUGUCUAUUAGAUGGAAAACUGUCCACAUCUGAAAGGGUUUUGUCUUUGUGUUUAAUAUUAUUUCUUCUCCAGUAAGAUACUAUGUUUGCUAGAUUUUUAUGCAGAAACAAUAAACUUUUGUGCAAAUUAUUUAAUAAAAACCCUAUUUAUUCCUCUAAAUCUGAUGUAGAAAUCCCUAUAUUUGCCCUAUAAACUGGCACCAAAAAAAUUCCUAUAAUCCUAUAUUUUUAGACCAAAAGUGGUUUGACACCCUGCUGUAUUGUGCAUGAAUGCAGACUGCAAAGAAAAUUAUACUGUAAAUUCAUAUGCAUCUUAGACACUGGCCAAACUAGAUAUACAUGUCUCACAAACACACCCCAUAGAGGGUAAGUAUGGUGAAUGAAAGACACAAAACAAAAACCUGAGAAAAUAUGCUUGUUAACUCCGUUGUUUCAGAGUGACUACAUGGGUUGAAAGUUUAUAUAUUCUUGUCCUGUACAUUAAGUUUGCAAAAAAUGUCAGCUGUGGACAGAUAGGAAAGAUGUGUUUUGCAAUGAUUGCAUUUAUGUGUUGAGAAUGUUAUGCCUGAUGAACACUCACCCAUAGUUUCUUUUCUUUCCUUCUGUGUUUUUCAUGUAAAAAGGAAAAAAUGAGGGUGAUACCCUUUUCAUGUGGCCACCAAUAUUUCAUGAUGCUGUGUUGCCAUGACAACAUGAAUCAGACAUCCUACACUGGAGCGUAGCGAGAAUGGAAUUUUCAUACCUCAGGCAGAACAGCAGGGGUCUAUUCUUGAAGGGCCAGGAGCCAAAAGAGACCAGAAGCCCUUUGUUCUUCCCAAACUGUCAUCCACCCAGCACGAACUUGUACAGAAAGCCAAGAAAUAUGCCUUUGAGCAGAGCAUCAAAAGUGUCCUGGUCAAACAGACAAUUGCCCAUCAACAACAGCAAAUGCAGAAUUUCCAGACAACAGUGCAGAGACAACAGGCUUUGGCUCUGAUGUGCAGGAUUUAUGUUGGCAGCAUCAAUUUUGAGAUUAAGGAAGACACAAUCAAACAAGCCUUUAUUCCUUUUGGUCCGAUAAAGAGUGUAAACCUCUCCUGGGACCCUGUUACUAACAAACAUAAGGGCUUUGCCUUCAUUGAAUACGAGAUUCCUGAGGCAGCACAGCUGGCCUUGGAGCAGAUGAACAGCGUCAUGAUUGGAGGAAGAAAUAUUAAGGUUGGUCGACCAAGCAAUAUGCCACAAGCUCAGCCUAUCAUAGAACAGCUUGCUACCGAGGCUAAAAACCACAAUAGGAUCUACAUAGCUUCCAUACAUCAUGAUCUUACUGAGAAUGAUAUUCAGAGUGUGUUUGAAGCCUUUGGAAAGAUUGUUAAUUGUAAACUGGCCACAGAGACCGGGAAGCCUGGAAAACACAAGGGUUAUGGAUUUAUUGAGUUUGACUCGCAACAAGCUGCUCAGGAUGCUGUAACUUCAAUGAACUUGUUUGAUCUUGGAGGCCAGUACCUGAGAGUGGGAAAGGCCAUCACACCCCCAGAUGCCCUACAGCCCAUGGCAGGGCCCGGGACAUUGCCCACAGCAGCAGCUGUUGCUGCAGCAGCUGUUACAGCCAAAAUCACAGCAAUGGAUGCUCAAGAACAGAUCAAGAGUCUCGCUCCACCAGGAGUUGCCAAGCCUCUAAGUUUGGGAGACAGUCCCUCUCUCUCUAGCUCCCCUGUUGCCCCUCCAGGGGUAGCAGCCCCAGUCCCUGUACCCCCAGUGUCAGUUGUAGUGCCACAGCUUGGUUCGGCUGGUGUUGCCGCUCCAACCGGUCUUGGAAUGGUGGUGCCUCCUAUAGUGGAAGUGCCUGGAAUAAUCCCCCCAGCAGUUGUGGCCCCAACAGUUCUGGGUACCCCUCCUGUACCACCAUCAUUACCAGCCUCAAUCCCAGCUAUGAUCCCCCUACCUCCACAAGACAAAGAAAAAGAUUUAAAGAAAGAGGAAGAAGAGAAAAAGAAAAAGGCAGAAGAAGAAUCCACACAAACACUGGAUCAACAGGAAAACAUGAAGAUCAGUGGCACGAACGCUCGACAUAUGGUCAUGCAGAAACUCAUGAGGAAAACAGAGUGCAAGGUGAUGGUUCUAAGAAACAUGGUUGGACCAGAGGACCUGGACAGCGAGCUGGAAAAUGAGGUCACAGAUGAAUGUGGGAAGUAUGGAAAUGUAAACAGAGUCAUCAUUUACCAGGAAAAGCAGAGUGAGGAAGAAGAUGCAGAGAUUAUCGUCAAAAUAUUUGUGGAGUUUAAUGCUCAAUCAGAGGUGGAAAAGGCUUGUGCAGCACUCAAUGGCAGAUAUUUUGCUGGAAGAAUAGUCACCGCAGAAAAAUACGACGAGGACAUGUUUAACGCUAAUGAUUUAUCUGGAUGAAGUGAAAAUGAAAGUAACCAUGCGUUUGUCUACAUUCACAUAGUAAUGAGAACUGGAAGGAGACUUUGUUAUGAGACCAAGUUUGCCCUGUUUCACUCUGAAAGAAAGGAAACCAAAACUGGCAUUGAAUAUUUGUGAUGGUAAAUAACCGUCAGCUGCUGUUCACUGGUCCUUAAUCUUGUUCAUCCAAGACAAUCUCUUCUGUACAUUUGUAUGUAACAUCAUGUUUCAUUAUUCUUGUCUCACUUCAUGAAAUGGACACAAUUAUUGUUAAUGAAUGAGAUGUGUAUCAGCUUGGGUUGAUAUCAGUUUGUGUUGGCCCUUCGAAAAGCAGAACAUGGAUUUUGUUCUACAACAAAUAAAGACAGUGAUAUUCA